AUGCCAGAUUAUAUGGAAUGUAAUCAAUUUGAUUUCAACCGGGAACCGAAGAGACACAACACAUAUCCACUUCUAAAUGAAUUUCCAAAUGAAUUUCAUCAAUACGUCAUAAACAUUGAUGAUGCAUUAGGAGAUGGAAAUUGUGGAUAUCGAGCAAUAGCUCUUUCACUCGGUUACAAUCAAGAUAAUUGGCGUCAAAUUCGGACAGAUUUAUACAACAGGUUAUUAGCACACUCUGAAAUGUAUAAAAUGAUUAAUGAGAAUGAUUUUAAUAGCUUAAGUCGCUCAUUGAAUUUCUUUAGAUCGGGUUUUGCGUCAACUCCAUAUUGGUUGAUUAUGUCGGACGUCAAUUUUCUUAUAGCUAACAAAUAUGGUGUAAUUGUACAUUUUUUAGACAAGAAAUAUGGUUCGUCGAUAUGUUUUCCGCUUUGGCAGGGUCCACAAGACAUCCCACACCAUGAAUCUGUUGUUAUCGCCCUCUUUCAUGGUGCCCAUUAUGUGAAGGUUGACUUACAAGGAGAGUAUCUAUUGCCUACAAUUUUGUCACUUUGGCGUAGCUAUAGAUCAGAACAUUCUGCUAGAUGGCAAAUCAUGUAUAAUGCUAGAUUGAAUGCAUACGUUCCUCCAAAUGCACCGCGUAAUAAUUUUCAUAUGCAAUCAGUUGAGAUUCCGGAUAAUUAA